GCUGAAGCAUCAGAUGGAGUCAGAGAGCUGGCAGACACCAGGGAACAGAGCUGUCAGUGAGACAUGGCGUCCUCUGCUGGUGGAAGACCUGACCUGCUCCGUGUGUCUGAGCGUCUUCACCGACCCCGUCACCCUCCAGUGUGGACACUCCUUCUGCAGGCGGUGUGCGGGGGAAGUCCUGGCCGUCCAGCCGCGGUGUCCUCAGUGCUGCCGGGCCGUGGUGACCGAGGCUCAGGAUCUGCCCUCCAGCCUCAUCCUGAAGAGCCUGGCUGAGAAGGCCAGAGGAGCCCGGAGCCUGCAGGCGGCCGAUCUGUGUCCAGAACACGAAGAGAAGCUGAAGCUCUUCUGCAUCACUGAUCAGCAGCUGACUUGCAUCAUUUGCAGAGACGCAGAGAGACAUGAAGGACACACAUUUAAACCAAUCAAGGAAGCAGAUGCAGCCCUGAGAAAGGAGCUGGAAACGUUUCUGCAGAACGUUUCUGGAGAUAUCAGUGCUGUAGAAGGUCUAGCUGACAGGCAGAGGGAAGAAAUCUCAAAAAGCAGGAAGAAGUCGGAGAACCUCAUGACCCAGAUCAGCAACCAGUUCAGAGAGAUGCACCAGUUUUUGACAAGGAGAGAAAAGCAGAUCGAGAACGAGUUGAAACAAAAGCAAGAAGAUGAAAUGAAGAGAAUGGAUGAGAGUUUACGAGCUGUGGAGACAGUUUUGUGUGAGCGGAAAGAGCUCGAGGUCAAAGUAAACUCAGCUCUAGAAAUUAAAGACUCAGAGAGCUUCUUAAAGAGCUGGACUGAGGAUAAGAACAGGAAGACGACAGGAGAUUUAUUCAGACCCAGAGCCGAAGAGCUCAGAGUGGAGAACACAUCCUUCUCUUUGUGGCCUUAUGAAAGUCACCUGCAGUUCUUUGUGUGGAAGGAAAUGCUUGAGAUCAUCCAGCCCAGAGCAGAGCGCCUUUCACUCUCAAACAACAGUCGACAAACAGUCAUAUCUAACAGUGGGCGGAGUUUGAUUUGGGAUCACGCAAAGGAUAGGUCAGAAAGUGCACAGAGUUUGAAAAAUGCAAAAUAUAAUGCCAGAUAUUCAAACAACUACUCUUCAUAUUAUGAACAAUCCUAUGGUUCAUGCAACUACGUCGCUCCCGCAAUCAGUGGCCAGGCAUUCAGCUCCAGUGAGUUCACUUCAGGACAGCACUACUGGGAAGUCGAUGUUGGAAGUGCAGAUUGUUGGAAACUCGGCAUUAAGAAUUAUUAUCUUGACUAUGACGGGCAAAGAUAUGCUGUUUGUGAUCCGAGCUUAACCAGAAACAUAACGAUAUCAAACACACCUCAAAAGUUUGGUUUUUACCUGAACUGCUCCUCCCAGCAGCUCUCCUUCUAUGACGCAGACAGCAUGACACACAUUGACACUGUGGACCUGAUGUCCAGCUCUGUACCUACGUCAGCAUAUUUCCACUUCCAGGACAGAGAUGCCAAUCAUGGCCCUCUGACUGUUUGCUGGUACUGAGGAGGAACAGACAAGACAAGCAGCCUUCCCUCAUGUGUGGUUCCUCCAGAAGAGCCACUGGAACGCUGGAAUGUAAAAACAAUCAGUUCCUGGUAUUAACCAGAACUUACAGGGUUUUUUUUCUCAUUUUUUAGCCACUCAGUGACCGACCCAAAGCUGUAACAGGAUUAUUUUAAGUUCCGUGUUGUUUCUGCUCCUCUCUGAUAGUGGUAUAUGAUGUGUAAUGAGGCUGAUUUCCAAGCUUGAGGUGUGUGUCGGUCUUGAACAUUGAUAUUGAGACUAUGUUUUGAUGUUUCAAGUGUGAACAAUAAGACAGGUUUACUGUGUGUUAAUGUGAGGCUGGUGUGGAGCCUCAUAUCAUUUUGUUGGAAUCUCGAUCAAUCUUAUAAGUUUCUGACAGUUUUCAGACGUGUUGAUGCAGAUCAGAGAUGUUUAAAGUGUCGGAGGAUCAGCUGAACAGACCGAAGUAAAAAUCACUCAGAGGGAGACUUCCAGUCUUCCCAGAGGAAUCCUCAGCACUGACAGAGAAUCUCUGUUAAAUGUGUGUUUAGUGGAGGUUCGUUCUAUUUUUGAAAUUUAAAUCUGUUAUCUGUGUUGAGUUUUUUGUGGGAUUGUGUUUGUUAUAAUUGUGAUAUCCCAAAUGUCUUAUUUUACAAGCUCAUUUCUGCAGCUUUGAAUAUGUUAUGUUGCUCAUUUUGUUCAUUUCUCUAAUUGUAUUUUGGGAUUAUAGCCACAGUCCUAAAAUCUCUUCAGGUCUUGGCAUGUUGGAGUGUGGCUUUACAUUUGAUGUGUCCAGAUUUAAUAAACAUUGUAAUAAACAAAGUGCAUGGCAA